GUGGACGACCUUCCUUUGGCACUCGGGACUUUAAAGACACGCUGAUCCCAGAGUCAGCUGCAGUCUGCUGGGCCUGACGGAGCCGCUUUGCCCACACAACCCACAGGUCUGUGAAAUGCUGAUGUGUGGACUCCACUGGACGUAGCUAUGGCUUAUUCUAAUAUGCGGUCCUCCCCUCCCUCCGAGCAUGAUGAGGUCAACCUGGGCCCUUCAGCCAAUCCACAUGCAAGACCCACUGACUUUGACUUCCUGACCGUCAUCGGAAAAGGGACCUUUGGAAAGGUUCUGCUCGCCAAGCACAAGGACGAUGGCAAGUUCUACGCCGUCAAAGUGCUACAGAAGAAAGUCAUCCUCAAGAAGAAAGAGCAAAAGAACAUCAUGGCAGAGAGGAACGUGCUGCUGAAGAGCCUUAAACACCCUUUCCUAGUGCGGCUUCACUACUCGUUUCAGACUCCAGAAAAACUCUACUUUGUACUAGACUAUGUCAACGGAGGAGAGUUGUUCUUCCACCUGCAGAGGGAGAGGUGCUUCUCAGAGUCUAGGGCCAGAUUCUACGCGGCUGAGGUGGCCAGUGCUAUCGGUUACCUGCACUCGCUCAACAUUGUUUACAGAGACCUGAAGCCAGAAAACAUCCUUCUGGAUUCGCAGGGUCACGUGGUGCUCACAGACUUCGGUUUGUGCAAAGAAGGAGUGGAACCUGAAGGAACCACCUCCACAUUCUGUGGCACCCCUGAAUAUUUGGCUCCUGAGGUGCUGAGGAAAGAGCCGUAUGACCGCACUGUUGACUGGUGGUGUCUGGGGGCUGUGCUGUAUGAGAUGAUCUACAGUCUGCCACCCUUCUACAGUCGGGACGUGGCAGAGAUGUAUGAUGGGAUCCUUCACAAGCCUCUGCCUCUACCCCCGGGGAAAUCAGACUCUGUAUGUUCCCUGCUUACUGGGCUGCUGCAGAAGGACCAGCAUCGCAGACUGGGCGCCAUCGCUGACUUUUUGGAAAUCAAGAACCACACAUUCUUCUCUCCAAUCAACUGGGAUGACCUUUAUCACAAGAGAAUCACUCCUCCCUACAACCCCAAUGUGAGAGGCCCAGCAGACACGCAGCACAUCGACCCAGAGUUCACCAGAGAAAUGGUCCCCAAUUCUGUGAGUCGGACCCCAGAGCUGACAGCAGGGACCAGCGCCAACAACGCCUUCAACGGCUUCUCCUUUGUCGCUACAGAGGACAGCUUCCUCUGAGCACCCUCCUUCUCCUCACAAACACAAGGAGGAGCAAUAUGUCGGGUUUGAAAGAAGACCAAAUGAGCCGUAGGUGUAGCGGACUCCAUUUUCUAAAGCUGCAUGGACGGUUUACUUUGCGCUAUAUUAUGAAGCAAGUUAGAAUUUCAUUUUUUAAGACUUUUGUAACACAUUUAUUCACAUUGAUUUGUAAAUUACACAUUGUAUAUUGAUUAAGGAUUUGGAAAUAACAUAUUUUUAAUUUAAGAUGUCUACAAAAUACAAAUAAAUACAACACAAUUUUAUAUAUUUUUCAAUGUUAAAAGGUUAGUAUUUUGUGGUAAAACUAUGGCUUCACAAUUACAGUAAGUCCAGCUCUUUCACUGUGGCAGUGACAACUGUCAAUCACAGGCCCAGGCCACGUCCCCUGAGCCCCUCCACAGAGGAUAAUUUUGUCCUUUGUAAACCUAACGUGAGGCAACUUGAGCCAUCCAUAAAAAGUAGGAAGUCAGACAUUUAGACAUUAAAAGCAUGCACUGUCCGCUAUAAAUAAAUAAAUAAAAUAAAUAAGAACAGAACAAAAUGUAAUGGAACUGUAUGAAAGAUUUCACUUUAAAAUUUCAUAAACAUGAGCUACCCGUGUCCCCAGUUACAGGGUAGACAUAUUCAUGUUAAAUACAGCUUUUACUAAUAAUAACUGUAAUGCUGAUUUAACAACAUGAUGGCCUGUCAUUUGGGUUGCCUGCUGAAAUCCACUUAGUUUAAACCUAAAUGGUUUCUCGCUCUGAUCUGAAUGGUCACUAUCUAAACCCCAGCACCUGCAGAUAAUCAUGAAUUGGUGCUAGUGCAGCCUCUGCAGCUCAGUGAGUGAAUUCUGGAGGUUCUGAGCUUUAACAUGAGGCCUGUCCAUAAAUUGAGUAUGAGAAAAACGUUUGUGUCCUUUAUCUGAAGGUUUAGGUACUGGUAACCCAGGUUGUGAUUGUACCUCUUAAAACUGUAACAUGGCGGCUGGUUGGAGCUGCUGGAGCUCCUUCAACAUGUUUUUAUGGAGAGUGUUUUUGACAUUAUCUGUAUCUAUGAAAUAUGCUGAGGUCCAUGACAGGUGUGGUCGGUGCUGUUGAGAUGACUACAUCAGAUGACCUCCUAUGACACAUGUACUGUUUGUAUAGAAAUAUUAAAAGCUGAAAUGGGACAUUACAAACCAAGAUAUACAAAUGUAUUUAAUAUUAAGUAAUAUAUUGCUUAAUAUGAAAUUUCACUUGGUAUUUGAUCUAUCCUUUAAUAAUAAUGCUUUCACUCCACAUCUAGUGGUGGUAAGUUACUUCUGUAGCCACAACUGCUCUACAAUAGACUGAGAGAAAUGACUGCUAAUCUGUGCCAUCUGCCCCUCGGACCUGAGAGGCUGAGAGGAGAAAGAGAAAGCACAUCUCACACAGCUGUCACAACAACAGUCAUUUUCUUUACAGUUAAAACCAGAAAUUUACAUACACUAUAAAAGAAGACACAUGAAAUCAGGCUAAACAGUUCCUGUUUUAGGUCAGUUAGGACUGCCAAAAUAAUUUCUAUUUGCUAAAUGCCAGAAUAAUGAGAGAAAUGUUUUUUAGACAAAUUUUCCUUACUUUCUUCAAAGUCAAAUGUUUACAUACAGUAAGAUUACUAUGCCUUAAAACCAUUUUGGAAAACCCAGAUGAUGAUGAUGUCAUGUCUUUAGAAGCUUCUGAUUGGUUUAUUGACAACAUUCGAGUUAAUUAGAGACUCACCUGUGGAUGUAUUUGAAGACACACCUGAAACACACUGCUUCUUUGUGUAACAUCCUGGGAAAGUCAAAAGAAAUCAGCCAAGAUAUCAGGAAGAGAACUGUGGACUGGCACAUGUCUGGUUCAUCCUUGGUGCAAUUUCCAGAUGCCUGAAAAUGCCACGUUCAUCUGUUAAAAGUAUUAUACACAAGUAUAAAGAGCAUGGGAGUGUCCAGCCAUUGCUCAGGAAGGAGACGGGCUCUGUGUCCCAGAGAUGAACGUGCUUUGGUCUGAAGCAAAAGUUUUUUGGUAAUUCUAAUUGACCUUAAACAGGAAAGGUUUAGUCUAAAUUCAUGUCAGAAAAAAACAUAUGUUUCUUUUUAUAUAAUAUAGUUUUUAUAGUGUAUGUAAACUUCUGGUCAACUGUAUAUGAGCCAUUACACGUGUUUCCACAACAACACUGUUAUAGGCAGCAUAACCUACUGUAUAUUACACCCUGAAUUUUAGACAUACUGUAUACCAGGUUUUCCAUGGGGCAUUAAAAAGCUUUCAAAGUAAGCUAAUUAAAUGAAUUUUGUUUAAAUUUAGGCCUUUUAAGCGUCAUUAAAUAAAAUCGUCAAUUGUGCC